CAGCUGCAGAGGGCUCCCUACAGUGCUGCAGGACUGGUGACACCUCAUCCCUGUGGGCCAAAAGAGAGACCCCUGGCCAGGACUCUGUUGUACCCCACUAGGAUUAUAGCCUUCUCUGUACAUUGCAUCUAUGGGGAUUGGCAGCACAGGGAGCCUGCUGCAGCUCUGCUAUCACAGCCCCUCUCUCACACUCCUGUGACAGCAGGGCUGCAGAGGGCUUCCUGUACUGCUGUAGGAGUCAUUCAGCAGCAGGGUGGCCUCCCCUGCAGCCAGGGGCUCGUCCUCUUCCUCCUUAAAUUCCUGACCAGGGGUCUCUGCUCUGUUCUCCAAAGUUCCAUGUUAUCUGAAUCUCUUCCUUUCCCCCCAGCAUGAGAUACAUGAGGGACAAGGAAGGGAUUCGGAUAUGAGAUACGUUUGGGUUUCAGAUACAUGGGAGUAUACUGUAUAGAGUAUUAUUAUGAAAGCUUACUUCAGCUGGGACACUUUGUUCUUCUGGGCCGUAGCGAUGGGUAAGCCUGAGUAUAUAAGCUGUUUAUUCCCUUCUAGAGUUGGGUACCUUGGUUUCAGAGCAGCUGCCAACUUGCAUUCUUUAUCCCUCACAUCAGCAAAUGUUGCAGUAAAUAUAAAGACUGACUAUACCUGUUUGCCUAUGAUCAUGUAAGUGCUAUUAUCCCCAUUUUACAGAUGGGACCUAAGCCACAGAAAGGUUAAGUGACUUGCCCAGGGUCACACAGAAUACUUGUAGCAUAGUUGGCAAUUGAACCCUCUUGUGUCAACUCCUAGGCUAGUGUCCUAACCACGAGACAGUCUUUCCUUUCAUUAGCUGCAUGUGGUUCUAUUCUCUACCUAGUCAAUUAGGCUCUAAUAAUUAGGGCAGCCAUGUAUGUUCUAAAGAAUGUCCAGAAGUGUGGCUACCCUGAUUUCUGCCUAUGGUUUCCAGGAUCUCUAAACAAUUCUCGACUGCCUGACUCAUCCAAAGUUUUCUCAGUUACCGCAUCCUUCAGCAUAAUCUUCCUGCUGUUCCAUUCUCACACGUAUGGAGUCUCAAAACAACAAAAUGGUUGAAGCCUUGCGUGAUGCAGCCUCUGCUAUGGAACAAGAAAAAGAAACCCUGCUAGAAAUGAUCCACAAUAUACAGAACAGCCAAGAUAUGAGGCACAUCAGUGAAGGUGAAAGAGAAGAACUUUGCCUGACUGCCAGUCGUCUGAUGGGCCGAACCCUCACUGUUGAGGUUUCUGUAGAAACAAUACGAAACCCACAGCAGCAGGAAGCCCUUUUCCACGCCACAAGAAUGAUUGAUGAAGUAGUCAAUAAACUCCUUGAUGAUCUGGAAGGUUACAAAAGCCAUUUAAUGUCACUUUAUGGUGCAUGCACAUCAGAGGUACCAUCUGGACCCAUUGAUCAGAAAUUUCAGUCUGUUGUAAUUGGAUGCGCUAUUGAAGAUCAAAAGAAAAUCAAAAGGAGACUAGAGACUCUGCUUAGAAAUAUAGAAAACUCUGAAAAGUCAAUCAUGUUGUUAGAACAUCCAAAAUCAACUGUCCAACAGCUGUGCAACAACGAACAGGGUUAAAGUAGUACUAGCUAAUUGGACAGAUCAAAGUUAAGUCUCCAUAAAGAAUGCACGGAAUGCAAAGAAAAUGUUACUUUUUAGCACUAAACUAAUAAUACUUUAGAGUGCUGGGUGCAAAUAUUAAAUACUGAUAGCACUGCCUUAGGUAUCAGAAAGAACAUAGAUAUUUUCUUUCACAGUGAAGAUGUGAUCUAAGAAUGCUAUCAGGUUUGCUCCUCUAGACUUGAACUUUAUUGGUACUGCUGCUGCAAAUUGUAAUUAAUGUACUUCUGCUGCACUCUUAAAGCUAAUCUAAUUUUUUUCUCUUAAGUUUUUGAAAACUUAAGCUGUUGUGUCAUGUACUAAGAUUUCACCUAGCACAUUUUUUUUCCCUUUGGUGAAUAUUCUGUAUGAAACAGACUUAUGGGAAAAAGACAAGUCAUGCAAUAAACAGGAACAAAAAGGUGAUAUGCCACACUCCAUUUUUUAGUAAUGAAUAACUUUGUUAGUUACUUGGCACUGUAGUGCAAGAUGCUUUACAGAAAAUGAUAAGAAUUGACCCUAUUUUACAGACAUUGUGGUAAAAUAACACAAGGUCACACAGGAGGCUGGGAAUAGAACCCAGUUCUUCUGACUAAGGGCAGGUCUUCACUACCCGCCAGAUCGGUGGGUAGAGACCGAUCUGUCGGGGAUCGAUUUAUUGUGUUUCAUCUAGAUGCGGAUAAAUAGAUCCCUGAACGCGCUCCCCGUCGACUCCGGAACUCCAGCUUGCGCGAGGCGGAAGCGGAAUCGACGGGGGAGCGGCAGCGGUCAACUCGCCACCAUCCUCACAGCCAGGUAAGUCGACCUAAGAUACAACUUCAUCUAUUCACGUAGCUGAAGUUGCAUGUUAGGUUGACCCCCCCCCCCCCAAGU